UUGACUUUUACCUGAAUCGGUACACCUUCGCAUAUGGCGUCAGCUGGAUACAGGUUCGAAUCUCCUUGGGUGCACACUUUUUCUCCUGACUUGGAUAUUUUCCCAAGGACACAAUGUGUGUCAGUCCUGAGAACACCCGUUGGAGUCGAUCCUACAAAGAACCUUGUGACACUUCCAUCGAAUUACCCAUCCUGGCCACAAGAGGUUCCCAGUUGAGGGUAAAUUCUGUGGGUGGAGAGUGUAAAGGAGGACCCGAUGCGCAGGGCGGCGUCGUACUACACUCGAGACGAGUUCCUCGAGCUGGAGCCUGUGAUCGUCACCAGCCUCAACAUGCUCUUGCGCACGUACCUCAAGGAAACGCUCGCUUGCAUGAGGGCUAGGAGGAACGAGCUCUCCUCGAACCAGAGCGUGUCGGUGGUGAGCAACCUGGCGGAGAUCGGGGUGAGCUACGUGCCCCUUCUGGCGGCGUGGUGCGCGCAGCUUCUUCCUGAGAUCGCGGACG